AGAGAGCUGUAGAGAGCGGAAUAUUUAAUCGGGAAAAGAGAGCUUCACUUCCAUUCGCUCGCUCAGCUGCUCAACGCAAACUUAACGUUAGAUUUUUAGAAUCAAAAAAAGCACGCUGAGACAAAGACGCGCACGAAAACUGAACGGAAAAACGGAAAAGGCAAAGGCGGAUGAAGCAGCGCAAAGGAGAGGCGUAAGCAGGCGCUAAAAAAUAUUUUAAAAUAUAUCAAAAAACAUUGCGCUUGGCUUCGAAAUUCGCGAAAUAAAUAAUCUAAUCCGAGUGUGACUGUGUGUGUGUUUGUUUAAAACCCAAGCAACAACAACAACAAAAGCAGCAGAACAACAAAAACCCAAAAACCAUAAUAAAAAACCUCUAAUCAAAUUCAGGAUCCACUACAACAACAACAAAAACCACUGUCGCGUCUCCAAAUGAAACAAUAAUUGAAUAAUUGAAUUACCCAAUAAAGAAAACAAAAAGCAAAGCGAAUAACGGGUUGAAAGUUUAAAAAAAGUAAGCCAGUCGAGGAGAUAUUAUAUCCGCACAUCAGCGUUUAAAGUACCAUAUAUAGUUGUUCUUAUCUAUACCCACACUCAAUUAAUUGCAGCUGAAUGCACGACUCCUUGCAGAAAGAAGAAUCAUAAAGAGUUUAUGUGCAUAUGCAUAUAUAGCGACGUUCACGAACUGUCACUGUCACUGAGAGCGAUCGAUAGCUGUAACUCCAUGUGUGUGCAUGAGUCGCAGCAUUAGUAGCGCACCCAAGGACCAAGGACCUCAUCCACAUAGCCCAUCAAUCUCUCAGAUGCCAGUGGCGGAUCCCCCCCGAUAAGGCAUCGCAUCGAAUCGAAUUGCAUCCAUUGGACGAGGACGACGACGAGGACUAAGGACUACUCACAGGACUUGAAGGACACUGACUGACGCAUCCUGCGCUCGUUUGAUCGUUCGUUCGCUCGCUCGCUCUAUCGCUCUUUCGCUCUCGCACGCACCAAAAAAACCAAACAGAAAUACCAGAAACAAUACCAAGCAAGCCAAAAACCAAAUAAUACCAAGCUAAACAGACGCCUCAUUACCAAACAUCGAACGUUUCGUUGUCGUUUAACCAAAAAACCAAAAGCGAAUCAAUACCGAAUCAAUACCGAAUCAAUCCAAUCAAAUCCAAGCCAAUCCAAACCAAUCCAAUCCAAUCAAAUCAAAUCGAAAAAGAAAUACUCCAACGAGACAUAGAAACAGAACAGUAAACAGUACCAGAAACAUCUACAGUAACAGUAACAGUAACAGAAACCCAAAGCAAAAGCUAAAGCUAAAGCAAUCAUCAGUCAAAGUCGAUAACCAAAACCAGCAACAUUCAGUUAAAAAUGGCCGAAGACGCUACCAUGGAGACAUGUCCAAGUCCUGAAAUCGGCGACUCACGCAAAAGGCCACUCGAUUCCGAUCCGGAAAAUGAACAAACUAAACGCUCACAUUUCAGUUCCGGUGAGUCAGUUUGUUCUGGAAUUGAGGUUGAAAUUGAAAAUAAUAACAAUAAUCAUAUUCAUCAUGGCGAGACAACGUAUCACAUGAAAAUACUGGUGCCCGCGGUGGCCUCCGGGGCCAUUAUUGGCAAAGGUGGCGAGACGAUCGCCUCGCUGCAGAAGGACACGGGUGCUAGGGUCAAGAUGUCCAAGUCCCAUGACUUUUACCCAGGCACCACUGAACGCGUGUGCCUCAUCACCGGCUCCACGGAGGCCAUCAUGGUCGUGCUAGAGUUCAUCAUGGACAAGAUCCGCGAGAAGCCCGACCUGACCAACAAGAUCGUCGACGCCGAGUCGAAACAGACCCAGGAGCGCGACAAGCAGGUCAAGAUCCUGGUGCCCAACUCGACGGCCGGCAUGAUCAUCGGCAAGGGCGGUGCCUUCAUCAAACAGAUCAAGGAGGAGAGCGGCUCCUAUGUCCAGAUCUCGCAGAAGCCCAAGGAUGUCUCGCUGCAGGAGCGCUGCAUCACCAUUAUCGGCGACAAGGAGAACAACAAGAACGCCUGCAAGAUGAUCCUCUCGAAGAUCGUCGAGGACCCGCAGUCGGGCACCUGCCUGAAUGUCUCCUACGCGGACGUCAGCGGCCCGGUGGCCAACUUCAAUCCGACCGGCUCCCCGUAUGCCACCAACCAGAAUGCCAUCAACUCGAGCACCGCCUCGCUCAACUCCACGCUGGGCACCACGAUCGGUGGUGCGAACUCGGCGGCCAGCCUGCUAGUCAACGGCACCGGCAUCAAUUUGUCCAUCAACCUGGGCUCCCCCAAUCCGGCGCCCAAUCUAGCGGUGGCCACGCAGCUGCUCGAGCAUAUUAAGGUUGCCAUGCGCGGCUCUGGCUACUCGGAGACGGUCACGAACGACGUUGUCGCCGCUCUGGGCGUCCUCGCCAAGUACGGCGUCCUCGGAAUGGGCGUGGGCGUGCCGCACACCAACGGCGCCCACUCGACGCUGGGCAACUUCCUCGGCGUGACGACGCUGGACCAGCAGACUGCGGCCGCCGCAUCCGCGGCCACCGCCAGCAAUGUGUUCGGUGCCGUCGGCCAGGUGAAUCUGGAGCAGUAUGCCGCCGCAGCGGCCGCUGCAGCUGCCGCCAGCCGGCCGACGCAGUCGCAACUGGACGCUGCCGCGGUGCAAUUCGAUCCAUUCCGCCAUUUGGGCUCGGCCACGGCGCCGGGCGCCACGCCCGUAUCGCUGAACAACAACAGCUUCGGGCUGACGGCAGCCACGGGAACGGCGACCACGGCGCAGCUGGGCGGACUCAGCAAGAGCCCCACCCCGGGCGACCUGAGCUCCAAGGACUCGAAGAACGUCGAGGUGCCGGAAGUGAUUAUCGGCGCUAUUCUAGGUCCGAACGGUCGUAGUUUAGUUGAAAUUCAACAUGUUUCUGGCGCAAAUGUGCAAAUUUCCAAAAAGGGCAUAUUCGCACCUGGCACUAGAAAUCGCAUUGUAACCAUAACUGGUCAGCCGAGUGCCAUUGCCAAAGCGCAAUAUCUAAUUGAACAGAAAAUCAACGAGGAGGAGACAAAGAGGGCGCGACAAAUUCCAUUAACCACUGUUGUGAAUUAAACAAAACAAAAACCAUAAAAAUCCGAGUAAAGCAACCAACCAGCAAUCUUAACAGAACAACAAACAAACAGGCAAAAAGCAAAACAACAACAACCAAACAACCAAACUACCCCUUACCCAUAAAAAAAAAAACAAAAACACCACACACAAGCAAGUUUUUCCUCUCAAAUUUGUUAAUUUCUUAAAAAAAAUUAAGAGGAACAUACAAAACUAAAAACUAAAAUAAAAUGAGAAGGGAAAACAUAGAAGGAAACACCAAUUGUUAAGCGUGCAGCUAAAAGUUAAGCAAUUGAAACCAAAAUAAUAAUAAUUAUGUAUUGCAAACCCCAUACACUUUUUGAGUAAACUGUUCCAAGGCCUUCACCUCAAGAGAUUUGCUUUAAAAUAACGCCAUUUAAGAAAGGGAAAACGCUAAAUGAUAAAUGAAAAAUAGUGAAAAUUUGUAUAAAUACUAUGUACUACCUUCUCUCUACUA